AUGCCAGUAUCGACCAAAUGGACGUUGUCGGGGUUGUUGGUGUGGUGUGCCGUGUUGGCAGGAAUGUAUCUGUGGUGGUUGGUUCAAGACACCGAAGCCAUCACCAAACACGAGUUUGACGCCGCCAGACGGGUCGCCGGUACUCGUGAUGGCCUAUUGGGGUUGUUGGUGGCCAAUGACCUGACUGCACCCAACAUUAUUGUCCAUCCGUAUCCCCAGAUUUUCGUCAACCACUCGUCGUCGGCAGUGUUAAGCCAGAACUUAAAUUCUCGAUGCAAUCUAUACUUUUCCCGUUGGCGCCAACCACCGAUGACCAGUGACGAAGCGUGGGUAUUUGAUUCGUUUUCAGACUUUAAGCGUAACGAAAGGGUGAAACAAUUGUAUCCUCACGCCGACGCCGAUGAUUCAAACUAUGCUUACCUCGACUUUGCUCAAAGGCUUUAUGGUGAUGCCAUCAAAGAUCGUCAACUUCAGGAAGAGUCAUUGGCGGAGCUGUUGAGUAGCAUCCGUGUAUACCACCAAUGUUAUUUGCGACAAAAUGGGCACUUCCUCCACCGCCAACAACGGCGAAUUGCCAAGAUCAAAGACCGUAUUGACCUUGGCACCGAUGAUAUGCCCAAGUAUUCCCAAUUAAAGUUGGAGCUGGCGAUAUUCCCGUGGCUCACCGGGGUUAUUCCUCAGUCAGCUAAUGCGAAGGUGAUACCCUCAAAUUCGAGAAUGCGUGUGGAUAAACCCGACCUGAAGUUAGCUCAAGUCAUGGGUCUGUGGUCAGGUAAAGGCAUUGUUAUAUUGGAUGAUGACAAAACUGACGCCCUCAUCUCUCAUAUUCGACAACUGUUUGACCUUCCCAUUCAGGUGAUCACCACCGGUAAAAACGCGAACGCGUAUGGGCCCACCAUCGAGACCAUCUAUGUUGGCGAUAGCUACCAAGAUUUGGAACUACUGCCGCUGGUAGCAGCGUUUUUCUCUACUUUCGCUCAAGUAACGUUGAUUACCUCCUCUGAUGUUUCGAUUGACGCCCUCUCUGACUUCCACCUUGAAGGUGAGGUAGAGGCUGCGACUAUAGGUAGACUUUGGAGUCAAUUACGCCCUUCUCGUUACGAUGAGGUGAUAUUUGGUUUAGAAGCUCGUGCCCUUCCGUUGGCUAAGACUCAGCUGCUGGUCAUACACAUCGACAAACACAAGUACUUGGAGGUGUUGCUACUUCUGAUUGAACUUCAACGACAACCCGCUACGCGGCUGCUUGUUGCUGGAAACGAAAUGUGGUGGGGCCAUCUUGUUAGCAGUGUAUAA